CAGUUGCCCUGAGAGCUCACGGCACCGAGGAGGCAGAUGAAAACAGCUGUAUGCGAUUUCCCAAAAUGCAUUUCGGUUUCUUCUGUUGGCUUCAUUCUAUCCUGUCCACAGGGUUUAAUAUUGUGCCCAGAAUGCCAGCGCGAUGUGACUCCCGGAUCCCCUGAAAUGCGUUCAUUUCAAACUGAACCAGUCUCAAAAUGACCACCGGCUUCAGCUCCAACUCCUGUCGUUUCGCAGAUUAUUUUGUCAUCUGUGGACUCGACACCGAAACUGGGCUGGAACCAGAUGAACUGUCCGCAUUAUGCCAGUUUAUAACAAGCUCUAAAGGCACAGAUGGGCCCAGGGGCAGCUCGGUGACUGCCAAAGAAGGUGAGAAUUUUGAGCAGAGUCCGUUGAGGAGAACGUUUAAGUCCAAGGUUCUGGCGCACUACCCAGAGAAUGUGGAGUGGAGUCCAUUUGACCAGGAUGCUGUGGGCAUGCUCUGCAUGCCGAAGGGUCUGUCAUUCCGAACGCAGGUGGAUUCUCGCGAGCCACAGUUCCACUCCUUCAUCAUCACGCGGGAGGACGGCUCGCACACCUACGGCUCCGCCCUCACCUUCUACGAGGAGGUGACCAGCAAGCAGAUCUGCAGCGCCAUGCAGACUCUGUACCACAUGCACAACGCCGAGCAGUACGACAUCCUGCAGGCCCCUGUCACGCCCCCGGCCACAGCCGCUCAGGACCACACCCCCUGUAACACCCUCAGCCCCGCCUUCUCCCUGCAACGCUUCAACUCCUAUGACAUCACCUGCGACACACUGUACGUGUCCAAGUGCAUCUGCCUGCUGGCGCCUCUGCCGUUCCCGCAGGCCUGCCGCCAGGUGCUGGAGCAGUUGCACCGCGCGGUCUGCUCCCCUCAGCCGCCGCCCCUGCCGCUGGAGAGCUACAUCUACAACACCCUGUACGAGGUGCCGCUGCCGCCGGCGGGCCGCUCGCUCAAGUUCAGCGGCGUGUACGGGCCGAUCGUGUGCCAGCGGCCGAGCACCGCUGAGCUGCCGCUCUUUGACUUCCCCAUUGGGGAUGUCCUGGAGCUGCUGGGGGUGGAGAACCUGCUGCAGCUCUUCACCUGCACCCUGUUGGAGAUCCAGAUCCUGCUUUACUCCCAGCAUUACCAGAGGCUGAUGAUGGUGGCAGAGACAGUGACAGCGCUGAUGUUCCCAUUCCAGUGGCAGCAUGUCUAUGUGCCCAUCUUGCCCGCCUCGCUGCUGCACUUCCUGGACGCGCCCGUUCCGUACCUCAUGGGCCUGCACUCCAACGGCCAGGAAGACCGCUCCAACCUGGAGCUGCCCCAGGAGGCCAAUUUGUGCUUUGUGGACAUUGAUAACCACUCCAUUGAGCUGCCAGAGGACUUACCACAGUUCCCCAACAAGCUGGAGUUCAUCCAGGAGCUCUCUGAAGUGCUGCUGGAGUUUGGGACCCUCCCAGAGGGCAGGGGAUGCUACCAUGAGGGCGUGGCCAAGCACAGAAGCGUCCGGAACAAUGACGUGGACAAGUGCAAUGGUAACCUGGCGGGCUCGCCCCUCAGCUCCUACCUGCUGAAGGAGAACGAGACGAUGGCGCGGCUUCAGGCCCUGGUGAAGAGGACAGGAGUCAGCAUGGAGAGGGUAGAUGUUAAGGAAAAGACUGGCAGCAAUAAGGACCUGAAGGUUCUGUGUGACAAGGAGCAGCUAAAAAUGCACCAGUUGAACAUUCAUGUGCGAGAGGUCUUCGCUAACCGCUUCACACAGAUGUUUGCUGAUUAUGAGGUGUUUGUCAUCCAGCCCAGCCAGGAUAAGGAGUCCUGGUUCACCAACCGAGAACAGAUGCAGAACUUUGACAAGGCCUCCUUCCUGUCAGACCAGCCAGAGCCCUACCUCCCCUUUCUGUCGCGGUUCCUGGAGACGCAGAUGUUCGCCUCGUUCAUUGACUGUAAGAUCCUUUGCCACGAGGACGAGGAUAAAGAGCACGCCCUGCGUGUGUUUGACACGCGUGUGGAUAAGAUCCGCAUGCUGAAUGUGCGCACGCCCACCCUGCGCACCUCCAUGUACCAGAAAUGCACCAACAUGGAAGAGUCCGCAAAGGCCAUAGAGAUGCGGAUGUCCAAGAUGGACCACAUGGCUAUGCACCCCCAUCUGCUGGACAUGAAGAUUGGGCAGGGACGCUAUGAGCCGGGGUUCUUCCCUCAGCUACAGGCCGAUGUCCUGUCCUCUGGCCCCACCAGCAACAAGUGGGCCAAACGUAGCGCUCCAGCACAGUGGAGACGGAAGGACAGACAGAAGCAGCACGCUGAACACCUGUACCUGGACAAUGACCAAAGAGAGAAGUACAUCCAGGAGGCUCGGACUCUGGGCACCAUGAUCCGCCAGCCAAAACUUUCCAACCUGUCCCCCUCCGUCAUUGCACAGACCAACUGGAAGUUUGUGGAGGGGCUGCUGAAGGAGUGUAGAAACAAGACCAAGCGCAUGCUGGUGGAGAAGAUGGGGCGGGAGGCGGUGGAGCUGGGUCAUGGAGAGAUCAGCAUCACAGGCGUGGAGGAGAAUACACUCAUCGCCAGUCUCUGUGACCUGCUGGAACGAAUCUGGAGCCAUGGCCUGCAGGUCAAACAGGGCAAAUCGGCACUAUGGUCUCACCUUCUGCAUUAUCAGGAGAGCAAAGAGAAGAAGGAUGCCACACCUGCAGGCUCAGGGCUGCCAGGACUCAUCCAGGUCUCAGAGAGAAGGAAGUCAGAUCCUGGCAUCGCCAUGCCCCCCCUCAAAGUUUCCCUGAUCCAGGACAUGAGGCACAUCCAGAACAUGGGCGAGAUCAAGACCGAUGUGGGCAGGGCCAGGGCAUGGGUACGGCUCUCCAUGGAGAAGAAGCUGCUGUCCAAACACAUCAAACAGCUUUUGUCUGAUCAUGAGCUGACCAAGAAACUGUACAAGCGCUAUGCCUUUCUGCGUUGUGAUGAUGAGAUUGAGCAGUUUCUCUACCACCUUCUGUCCUUCAAUGCUGUGGACUACUUCUGCUUCACCAAUGUCUUCACUACUAUCAUGAUCCCGUACCAUGUCAUCGUCAUUCCCAGUAAGAAACUGGGAGGGUCCAUGUUCACCGCCAACCCUUGGCUUUGCGUUUCUGGGGAGCUGUCUGAAACUGGGGUGCUCCAAGUCCCCAAGAACAGUCUGGAGAUCACCUUUGAGUGUCAGAACCUGGGCAAGCUGACCACAGUGCAGAUGGGACAUGACAAUGCCGGGCUGUAUGCAAAGUGGCUGGUGGAGUGUGUCAUGGUGAGGAACGAGAUCACUGGACACACCUACAAAUUCCCGUGUGGGCGCUGGCUGGGGAAGGGUGUGGACGAUGGCAGCCUGGAGCGGGUGCUGGUGGGGGAGUUGACCACCCCCAGUGUGGAGAGUGAGGACCGUCUGUGCCGGACGCCUCCCAUGCAACAGUCCCCUGGAAUGAUUCGGAGGUUGGUCACCAUCUCACCAAGCAGUAAGCCAAAGUUAAAUACUGCCCAGAUCCAGGAGGGAGUAGGAGAAGCCAUCAAUGGCAUUGUGAAGCACUUCCACAAGCCAGAGAAGGAGAGGGGCAGUCUCACCCUGCUCCUGUGUGGAGAGUUUGGAUUGGUCUGGGCACUGGAGCAGGUGUUCCAGCAUGGGUUCAAAUCUCCACGUCUCUUCAAGAAUGUCUUCAUCUGGGACUUCCUCGAAAAGGCACAGACAUACUUUGAGAACCUGGAGCUGAAGGAGAUGUCACAGGAGGAAAACUGGGAGACCAGGGUGAAGAACUUCUGCCACGCCAUGCGUGCCAUCAGCAGCUCCCCCCGGAACAUUGGCAAGGACGGAAAGUUCCAGAUGCUGGUGUGUCUGGGAGUCAGGGAUCAUCUGCUGCAUCACUGGAUAGCCUUACUGGCAGACUGUCCAAUCACAGGACAGAUGUAUGAAGACUCGGCCUUCGUAAAGGACCACACCCUGGUGAACUCUCUAAUCAGGGUGCUGCAGACUUUACAGGAGUUCAACAUCACUCUGGAGGCAUCACUGGUCAAAGGCAUAAGUAUUUAGCCUGCAAUGCACCUGUUGAGCCUGGACCAGCAAGAAUUACAGAGACUUUCACAGAACAACCAUUUUUAUGGACACAUUGAUUUGAGCAAAGGAAAAAUGGCUUAUUUUAAAUCUACUGAUACAUUUGCCAUCAAUUAAGUGCAAUGAACCUAAUGUGUCAUUAUUUUUAUCCUCAACGACAUGCGGUUGGACUUUUAAAACACGUUUUCUAUUAUUAUUCUUCAUUUUUAUUUUUUGUGAAAACACCCCAUCUGUGCUAUACUGUAUUAAUGAAAGCCAAGAUUUCUGUUGUUGUAAAUUUCUAGUAAUAGCUAUAUUUAAGAAGAAAGCAAGGACAAGAAAGAUAAUAUAUUUUCAGAAUGAAUCAGUAUUAUUUCAAUAUGUCUAUUGAGUUGAUUGCUCUGUUUUUAAAGCGUUAAGGCUACCAGUCAUACUGCAGAGCUGUAAGCAAAUGAUGUAGAAGUAUGCUUUAUAAGUAUUAUUGACAGGAAAGAAUGGUUUUUUUAAUUUUUUUAAAAGGAAAGAAACAAACAUUUCAAAUAGUUUUAUAUAUCUUCCAAUAGCAAUGUUUUAUGCAGAUAGGCUUGAAAAAGAAGUGUCCAAACUUGAACAUAUCAUGCUACUUGCUCUGAAAAAUAGCAACCUUCAGCCAUCAGUAAAGGUAAUGUAGCAGGAAUUCCUGUUGCACAAUUGAAGCAGUAGUAAGCCAUUGUCAUAAAAUGAUGCUUCAGAGUUCCAGCCAACUUUAUAAUGGAAUGCUUUUGUGUAGCCCUGCAGGCUGACCGUGCUCUGCCCCUUUCAGGUUACAAGCAUCAAAGCUCCUGGCAUACAGCAUACGUACCUGUACAUGUAAAUACCUCUAACCAAUUAAACCCUUACAUUCAGCCCUGCUAUACUCUGGGAUUUGCUGACCUUGCAAUGACAUUCCAUGAAGGAGACUAUAGGUAAUAUAUGCAAGCAUGGUCUCAGCUAGACUUCAGUGUUGCCAUGUUACAAUGGUCAAAGAUACCCUGUUCCUUGGAUACUUUUUAUUUAUUUAUCAGGACUACAUUACAAAUUUGUGAAGUGUCAGAACAUAAAAGGAAGACCAAGUUCCUGGCCACUGUUUUAAAUCAGCAGAAGGACCGCCCGGUUCACAUACAAAACUAAACAUUUUGUAUUACUUUUCACUUUUCCCAGUCAACCCAAAUUCCAUUGCUGCUGUUUUGCUAUGCAAUACUUACUGCAUGAAAGUAAAGGUAAACCAAUGAAUUUAGAGCAAAAUUGUGAAAAUAGUUACUGUUUCAGGAACAGCACAUUACAGUGUGGUAACAUUACUGUUUAACAAAAUGCCAAUGUGCAUGUGAACCUUUCAUCCUUCAGUAAUUGGAUGGGGCUUCACUUGCGUAAAUAUGAAUGCCAUGAGAUUCUUGGGAGCUUUUUUAAAAUGAAGUUUUGUUUAGUUGGCCUAUAUUUCUUGACAGACCUGUGUCAUGUAUGUUAGUGUAACAUGAGUAAUCGUGUAUAGUGUAUAAAAUGUAUUGAAUGAAACAUCUCUGUAUGCAAAAGUGUACUGUAUAUUUUUACAACCAAAAAGAGGAUUUGCUUUCGUAGGUAGAUUGUAAUUAACAUCGAUAACGUUGUCUGGGAAAGUUUAUUAGGUGUGAUUUACAUCUGGUUAACUGCUCUUGAACACAUUCUGUGUAAGAAUUGUAGCUCUGUAACCUAAUGGGCAGUUAUGUGUAGUUAUUCUUGUAUUUGAGCUCUUCUCAUUAAUAAACGGUAUACAUUUUCUAACUAAAA